AUGAAUAUCGCUUUCGACAACAAACGUGUUCUCGUAACUGGCGGUUGCGAAGGUAUUGGUAGAGAAAUAUGUUUGCGCCUAUCAAAGUACAAAGGCACAGUUAUUGCACUAUCGAACAACAAAGAAAAUCUCAAAAAAUUGGCAAAAGAGCAUCCCGAAAUUAAAACAGUUUGCGUCGAUUUUCUGGACUGGGGAGCAACGAAAGAAGCUGUUAAAAGUGUCCUCCCCAUCGAUUUGUUGGUAAAUUGUGCUGGUAUUACAAUCCUGGCACCUUGUCUCGCUUUGACAGAAGAAGAAUGCGAUCUGACCUUUGGCUUGAAUUUCAAAGCGAUUCUGAACGUGUCCCAAGUGGUUGCCCAAAAUUUGAUCGACAGAAAAGUGCCGGGCAGCAUCGUCAACAUAUCGUCCACAGGCAGUAAAGCCGCUUACUGGGAAUACGCAGUUUACGGAGCUUCUAAAUCAGCUGUCAAUAUGUUAACCAAGUCCAUGGCACUGGAGUUGGGGCCCAACAAGAUACGAGUCAACUGUGUCCUGCCAACUGUUGUCAUGACGGAAUUGGCAAGAAAUCAGUGGAGUGAUCCAGAAAAGGCUGACCUCCUCAAAAAUCUCACUCCAUUGCAUCGAUUUGCAGCUCGCAUGAAGUAA